AUGGCAGUGACAACGAACUUUGACGAUACUAAUACAGCACUGUUUUAUAAAGGUUUAUUCGAAUGGUGGAACGAGGAAACAGAAUACCUUUUUCAAAGGAUCCAAAGGUGGGCAACUUUAACUAGAGGAUAUGAUCGAUUGAGGUCGGAAAGGUUAUCGAAGGGCCGUUUGACAAUGCACGCGGAAAGUGGAUCAAAGUGGAAUUUUUCCUCGAACAAGCAAAUAUUUCUUCGAACAAAAGAAUAUUUUAUCGAGGAAUCUUCUUGGAGUCCGUCUUUUUACAUCCUUAAAAGAAAUCAACGUAGAUCUCGUCAAGAAGAGAAAAUAAAGAUCAAUCGUAAUGCUGACAAUGUUCUUGGAUAUCGAACUAAUGAUAAUUUGGAUAGCACUUGUUUAGAAAAUUAUAGAUAUGAUAAUAGUAUUUAUUUCAAGACCAUCGGUGAAAUUAGAAAUGACAAGAAAAAUCUUAGGGCGAUUAACGAUGAUUUUAAAAAAGAAAAUCUGUUAAUCGAUGUUGAAGCAAUGUCAACGUUUUCUUCACUAUUAAAAAAUGGAUAA